CUCUCCAGCUCGAGCUCGACCGUGUGUUCAUGUUAAUGAGCUGUCCUUCUCCUCUGAGGAGUUUCUUCAGUCUGACAUCUGAGUCGCUUUCUAAACUUCAGAGAGCAAGAACAACUUUAGAAACAGUAUUUACUGCACACAGGGAAACACUUUUAAAAAGGUACAGGAUGCACUUACUGAAACUCCUCUGCUCUAAUGUCAUUGUCUUGAUUCAGCACUGCAUUGGAAAAGCUCUUGCCAUUAAUGUGGAAAUCAAAAGUUUAUGGCCAAAUGAGGAAGUUUAUUAUGAGUAUCAUCCAGCCAGGCUACGCUGGCAUGCAGUCAAUCAGUCGUGUAUUCAGCAGUCAGGAUCCCUGGCAGUCAUAUCCAGUGCUGCAGAGAAACAAAACCUGACCAAUUUUCUACAGUCCUUGAACAUUUCAGAGCCUGUGUGGAUUGCAAGAAGAGCUCCUGAAAUAAAUGGUACCUUAAUCCUGAAAUUCCUGGACAGAAGUGAACUUCAGUCCGCACGUUUGCUGUACACGUUCUCAAGCAUGACUGCUGUGACUAUUUGCGCUCGUCUUCAUUUUAGUCCCACUUGCCAUGGGCCUUCCACUGUGUUUUCUUAUUCCGUACGCUCCUUCAUUAACGAGUUCCAGCUACGAGCCAGAGUCAUGCCAAAUCAACCUAUUCAGCUUGCUCUGCUGGUACACGGUAAACAUGGCCCAUACAUAUCCGUCUUUGCCAAUGAUGCCUCCUGGCAUUCCAUAUGUGUGAGCUGGACUGGAAAUGGUGGCAAAUGGGCAAUCUCAGUGGAUGGUCAGGAAGUUAGACGUGGCAUUUCCCUGCACUCAUCAGGCUACAUCGGGGGCGGUGGGAUUUUCAUCAUAGGCCAAGAGCAAGAUGAGUUCGGCAGUUCCUUCAAAAGUGACGAGGCCUUCUGUGGCAGCAUUACUCAGCUGCACGUGUGGGAUCAGGUGCUGGAUGCCAGAGAAAUCCAAUCUAUGGAAAAAGAGUGUUCACUCAUUCCUUCUGGCCUGCUUUUCAGAUGGGGCAUAUUUAGGUUGGAAAUGACAUCUUCUUUAAAGACUCACUGGGGCUACAUCCAGUGUCAAGACCAGAUGCCCAACAAUGAGAACUGUGUAACAUUUCACCCUGGCAAUGGAGAAUGGACCUAUGACGAUUGUGAUACACAAAGAGGAGGUGUCUGCCAAUUUCCUAAAGAGCUUCUGGAUGACAUUGGCAUAUCCAAAUUUCCCAGGACCCCAUUUUUUACACAAAUCAGCAAAGAUCAUCAUACCAUCCCUGAGUUAGCAGAUCGUAAUUCAUCUUCAUCCACAGAACAUGAAUUGAAUUGGCUGAGUUCACUUGCUCAGUCUCUUAUGAAGGCUAUUGAGACAGAUCCAGACAUCAUCACACCAUCUGACAUGCUACAACUCACACAAACCAUUGAGCAGGCUGCAGCUUCUCAAGUUAAUAAAACAUCUGUCCCGUCUGGAGUCCUUAGGUCCAUGGCUUCCAGCUACCUGAUCCUAGCCAGUGGACUCAUUGAUCCUGUCUUAACCAGGCAGUGGUUGGAUAUGAAGCCAUUAGGUAUUAACCUUAGACCAUUUACGGUUGUCGAGAGUAUUGAAAAAAUACUCUGGGCUCUGGCUGAUUCAAUCUUCACAGACAAGAAAUGCUUUGUACUUUUAACAAAAAACAUAGAUGUUCAUAUGGAGCCACGAACAUUACCUGAUACAAACUGCAGUAAUGUAUAUAAACCCUCAACACAGGGUAAUCACUCCAGCAGCCAAGAGGAAAUCCUUAUUUCAGAGACAGAAAUCCAGAGACUUCACUCCCUUGGUCACAAGAAUGUGAUGUUCAUUCAUACUUACUACAGCAACAUGAUGGAGGUUCUGUCCAGAACAGACUUUAAAGCAUUUAUAGACAAGAAGCAAGAGAGUGGACAUUCUGUGUUUGGUCACCUGGCUACAGCAGUCAUAUCAGCCACAGUGCGAGACGUGUCGAGGGAAGAGAAUGUCCCAGUGUCUGUGCAGUAUACUUUGUCUACUGUAAAACUGAAGCAGUCUUCCAAGCUGGUCACACCUUUGUGUAUUUUCUGGAAUGUCAGUGAAGUAGCUCCCAAUGUGAGUGAUUGGUCAGACAAAGGGUGUAGAGUGUUGCACUCCAGACCAAAUGAGACGUCCUGCUUUUGCAACCACACCACCAACUUUGCUAUCCUUAUGAAUUACAUGAAGGCUAGGUGGAGUGAACACGAGGAGAUGGUUCUGACCAAGCUGACGUUUAUAGGAUCAGGAGCGUCUCUCUGUGCUCUCGUGGUGACCUUGAUGCUGCUUACUGUGCUCGAUAUUCCAAAAUCAGAGAGGACAUCCAUCCACAAGAAUCUUUUCAUCUCUCUGACCUUUGCCCAAAUAGUCCUUCUCUGCAGUGGCUCUGCUAUUCAUAAUAAGGUGGCCUGCACAAUGGUGGCAGCUCUGCUGCAUCUGUUCUUCAUGGCAGCAUUUAGCUGGAUGUUGGUGGAGGGGCUGCUACUCUGGAGCAAGGUGGUAACUGUUAACCUGAGCGAGGAUCGCCACAUGAAAUACUACUACUUGAUCGGCUGGGGUCUGCCUGUCCUGAUAGUCUCCAUUACUCUGGCCUCAGCCUCGGGCAGCUACUCAGCAGACGAGUACUGCUGGCUCAGUGUACACAACGGAGUCAUAUGGGGUUUUGUUGGCCCAGUCAUCUUUAUUAUUACGGUAAACAUCAUGGUGCUGACCCGUGUGGUUAUCAUUACCAUCUCAACAGGCAAGAGAAGGUCUCUGAUGAUGGCAGACAGCACUAGUCCCAUCGAACAGGUGUCUGAACAGAUAAGGGCGGCGGUUAAAGCAGUGCUGGUUUUGCUGCCAAUUUUAGGCCUGACCUGGCUGUGUGGAGUUCUUGUGCCUUUCUCCAUCAUCAUAGCCUACAUCUUCAUCCUCCUCAACUCACUGCAGGGUCUCUUUAUCUUCCUGAUAUAUGGCGUGUACAACACGGAGAUACGCAGCACAGUCAACAGGAUCAAGGAAAGGAGGAAAGCCCAAAAUUUUUCUUCUUCCCAGAACUGUGGCAGCUCCAGACCGUCCAGCUCUAUAACUAACUCUCAGCCUGGCAGCUCCCCGGUGCCGGAUGCUUUGGGUCGUCAUGACUUCGAUGCCAAUCAGCUGGGAAGCAUCUCCACGUCCAGCGAUUGUGGCAGCCUGAGCUACAGCACUGGGAGGCAUUUCUCCAUCCCUUGUAUCCAUGACAGCCUGAAAGAAGAUCUCAGCUGUCUGACUAGUGAUACUCACAUGACCAGACAGGAUAACAGAGUCCAGUGUGUAGAAGGAAAAGCAGAUUCAUGCAGUCUCCAUGUCCCCAUGGGCGCAGAGCUGCACUCGAGCUAUGCAGUAUACUCAUCUGCACAGCAGCAAAGCAGCGACUUUUAACUGAAACCUACAUUCCUCUUCACAUAUAUCUCAAAUAAAGUGGACAACUUGUUUGUUUAGUUUUAUGAUAUCUGCAAACACAUUGUAUAUACAAUCAAGCAUUAAUAUUGUUUCUGAGGUAUUAACUCCCUUCUCAUUUUAGAGGUAUACAGCAGAUAUAAAAAGUCUACACACCCCUUUUACAAGCACAGUUGUUUUGUGUUGUUAAAAAAUGAACCCAAUACAAAUCGUCUCAAAUUUUUUCCAUCUUUAAUGUUUAAUGUGAUAAAGAUUUUCCAUCUUUAAUGUGAUACCAACAAACGUGAAGUGAAAAUUCAAGUGAGAUAUAAUUUAGCUGAAAAUAUAUAUAGAUAAAACAAUUCAGUUCACACGGUUACAUAAGUGUGCACACUUUCUUAUAAUGGAGCGUGUAACUUAUGAAUCAUUAACUAAAAAUGUUAAUUAAUUAAGUGAGUAAUUCUGAUUUACCCUCAAACUUGAGAGACCGGCAACAUUACAGGAGCUGCAGGAAUAUCUGGCUACUGCUAGUCGCUGACUGCAGGCGACAACACUCUCUCAAAGUCUUUGCAUAUAGACUUGCUGGCUGCUAGAUGGAUGUAUUUUCUCCUAAACAAUGAAUGAAUAAAUAAAUAAAUAAAUAAGCCUGCAUAAAUUAUGCCAUUAUCAUGUGCCAAAUGUGCUGAUAGGGCCAUGGUAGAACAUUCUGGCCAUAAUUCUGCCUAAGAGUCCUAAAGAACACCAUAUAUGUUGAAGCAUAGUGAUGGUAGCAUCAUGCCAUGUGGCUAUAGUCAAGACAACAGGAAUCAUGUGUACGUCUAAAACACAAAACUUUCAGGCUUCUAUUAGACAGUGGAAGAUGAAGAAAAAUAUCACCUUCCAGCAUGAUAAUGACCCAAAACACAAAUUCACAUCAGUGGAAUGGCACAGUUGGAACCCAGACUUCGCAGUUAGAUUUGGAAGAGAUGUGUGACAUUUGUAGCCACUUGCUUGAAAAAGACUGAGUGCUGUAUUACAAGCAGAAUGUGUUUUAACAAAGUAUUAGUUAUGGUGUGUAUACUAGGUUGUCUUUUUUUUCUUAGUUCAUUUCUAUAUCACAUUUAAGGUGGUAAAGAUGUGACGAUUAAACUGGCUUCAUUUCUUACAUCACUGUAACUUGUAAUUUUAUGAGAGGUGUGUAGACUUUUUAGACCCACAGAAUCUGUGUAUAAUUAAAUCUGUUGUACAUAUCAGUACCUGUUUAAUUUGUAAAUCUAAAAUAAAAUGAUUCCUCUAUCUAAAUAGAAAAGGAGCAAUUCUUUGUGUAAGUUAGUUUUUUUUAUUGAACUGUGAGGGACAGGUCUGUAGCAGCGGAGUGUAAUGAAAUGCUCCAUGGCUGCAUGAGACUCAGGCUUUCAGGCAUUCAGGGCUUGUAAAGUAGCUCAUAAUCUCCACACGUAGACUUUUGUUGGGAAGGCUGCUGCAGAUCAUUUCAGGACAAAUGAUAAUUAUAUACAAUCAUAUACAAUUAUGAGAGACACAUGAAGUAAAAUGAUAUAACGUUGUAUGCAUGUAUGUUGUAUGUAAAUAUAAUCACUGCGCUGUUCAGACAGCAUUUUCUACAACAGCAACUCUGACUAUAGU